GGAGUUUGAGAUCCAGCAGUGGGAUUGCCAUAACAUUCCUCGUUUAUAUAAUAACUCAAUCUAAUAAUACAGCACGCAAUUUAUCUUAGUCUUCUUUGUUCUUCAGCAUCUGACAGUUUUAUUUUGCUAAAAACUUCAGCAAUAUGAAACUUUACGCUGUUUCUGAUGGCCCACCAUCUCUAGCUUGCAGACAAACAUUAAAAGCUCUUAAUAUUGAUUACGAAUUGAUACCUGUUGACUAUUGCAAAGGAGAAUUUUUAACUAAAGAAUAUGAAGAGCUGAAUCCGCAGAGAGAAAUUCCAACUUUAGUCGACGGUGAUUUGACAAUGGGCGAAAGUCAUGCAAUUUUACAAUAUCUUUGUGAUAAAUAUGAUAAAGAAGGUAAAUAUUAUCCAAAGGAUCCUAAAGCUCGUGCUUUAGUUAAUCAUCGACUUUGUUUCAAUUUAACAACUUAUUAUCGCAAUAUUUCAGAAUAUGCCUUUGGUCCAAUGUUCUUUGACUACGAGCGCACAGAAAUGGGCUUAAAAAAAUUAAAAAUGAGUUUGGAUGUUUUUGAAAAAUAUUUCACUCGUACCAAUUUUAUCUACUGCGCUGCAAAUACUUUAACAAUCGCUGACUUUGCAAUGAUAACAGCAACGAUUGGACUAGAAGCGAUAAAUUUUUCGCUCAAGCCCUGGCCUAAGGUCAACAAAUGGUACAAUGACUUCAAAGUAAAGCACCCUGAAUUGUGGGAAAUCGCAGCUGGAGGUUUAAAAGAGUUGAGCGAUUAUGAAAAAAAUCCUGACAUGACUAUGACUUGGGUGCAUCCUAUUCAUCCAAUGCGUAAAAGCAAAAAAUAAGACAUUCCUUGAAAAAAAAAAAAAAUUUUAUUAUUUUGUUUUUAUCGCAUAUUUUAUUAUUAAUUAUUAAUUAUUAAUGAUUUUAUUACACAUACUUUAUAAUAAACAAUGCAAUUAAAAUAAAAUUUAAAAACGACAAAAUGUCAGUCGUAACCAAUUUUUUGAGCAUUCAAUUUAAAUAAAUAUUUUUAUGAAAAUUUAACAACAAAAAAUAUUUUUUAAAUUUAUGUAUAAAUAGUUUUUAAAUCCAACAAUUAUAUUUUUAAUAAUAAUAAUUAUUAUUCGGAUAAAUAUAUUUUAUAUAUUUAUAUAUUAAGUAUAUUUGAAUCACAGCUUCAUAUUAUCUUCGACGAUAAAAUUUAUACUCAUAUAUUAUAUAACACAAAUAAUAUAUACAUAGUUUAUAUUUAUAUAUAUGCAAUGAUAGUUAAUCUCCAUAUUAAUUAAUUAUGUAAUGUACUUAUUAAUAAGAAAUACACUUGCGAGGGUAUUUAAAAUUGAUUAUAUAGAGAUUAAAUAUCAGAUAAAAUUGACUGACAUUUUACAGAAUUUUUUUAAUAAUAUUUAUUACAAUUAUAAUUAUUAUCUUUAUAAGUUUCAUUAGACUAGAAAAAAACCCUGUGGUCUAUCCUCGAUUCAAUUUAGCGCUUAAAUGCCGUGACAAUAUUUCAAUAAACUGAGAUAUUGUGUGAUAAUUGCCAAAAA